CGUUGGUUUGUCCCGCCUUGGUCAUUGCUCCUUCAGGACGCCCUCUGCUCUUGGCGCACGCGCAGUGGCCCUUCUCCCGGCCGGUGCGAAAUGGCGGCGCUGGCGACGGUGGUUUGUCGAAGACUGCGGCAGGUGCCUUUAUUCCGCCCGCAGGGAUUUGCAGCUGGCCAGGUUUUCUCUCGAAACUUCCACUUCACAGUUUAUGGAAAGAAAAAUGCAUCUGCUAAAGUAUCUGAUUCAAUUUCAACACAGUAUCCUGUAGUGGAUCAUGAAUUUGAUGCAGUUGUUGUGGGUGCAGGUGGUGCAGGUCUGCGAGCUGCAUUUGGCUUAUCUGAGGCUGGGUUUAAUACAGCAUGUGUUACCAAAUUGUUUCCUACCAGAUCCCAUACUGUUGCUGCACAGGGAGGAAUCAAUGCUGCUUUGGGGAAUAUGGAAGAGGAUAACUGGAGAUGGCAUUUCUAUGAUACUGUGAAAGGCUCUGACUGGUUGGGUGACCAGGAUGCAAUUCAUUACAUGACUGAGCAAGCCCCUGCUUCAGUUAUUGAGUUGGAGAAUUAUGGUAUGCCAUUUAGCCGGACAGAAGAAGGAAAGAUCUAUCAGCGUGCCUUUGGGGGACAGAGUCUUAAGUUUGGGAAAGGAGGCCAGGCUCAUCGCUGCUGCUGUGUAGCUGACCGGACAGGACACUCCUUGCUACACACCCUUUAUGGGAGGUCUCUCAGAUAUGACACCAGUUACUUUGUGGAGUAUUUUGUCCUUGAUCUCCUUAUGGAAAACGGAGAAUGUUGUGGCGUUAUUGCACUUUGUAUAGAAGAUGGCACCAUACAUCGUAUAAGAGCAAAGAAUACCGUUAUCGCCACUGGAGGGUAUGGGCGCACAUACUUCAGCUGCACAUCUGCUCACACUUGUACUGGAGAUGGGACAGCUAUGAUUACUCGAGCAGGCCUGCCUUGUCAAGAUUUGGAAUUUGUGCAGUUCCAUCCCACAGGGAUUUAUGGUGCUGGCUGCCUUAUUACUGAGGGCUGUCGUGGUGAGGGAGGCAUUCUCAUAAACAGUGAAGGUGAAAGGUUUAUGGAGAGAUAUGCUCCAGUUGCAAAGGAUCUUGCGUCAAGGGAUGUGGUGUCUCGAUCUAUGACUAUUGAGAUCCGUGAAGGAAGAGGAUGUGGACCUGAGAAAGACCAUGUGUACUUGCAGUUGCACCAUUUGCCACCUCAGCAGCUAGCCACACGUCUUCCUGGGAUUUCAGAAACUGCUAUGAUAUUUGCUGGUGUGGAUGUCACCAAAGAACCCAUUCCUGUUCUGCCCACUGUGCAUUACAAUAUGGGAGGCGUUCCUACAAACUACAAAGGGCAGGUGAUUACACAUGUCAAUGGCAAAGAUCAAAUAGUACCUGGCUUGUAUGCUUGUGGUGAAGCAGCCUGUGCCUCUGUACAUGGUGCUAAUCGUCUUGGAGCAAACUCUCUUUUGGACUUGGUAGUCUUUGGACGUGCAUGUGCUCUUAGCAUUGCAGAAACCUGCAAACCUGGGGAACCAGUUCCAUCAAUUAAACCAAAUGCAGGUGAAGAAUCUGUGGCAAAUUUGGAUAAAUUGCGCUUUGCCAAUGGAAGCAUCAGAACAUCAGAAUUGAGGCUUGAUAUGCAAAAAACAAUGCAGAGCCAUGCUGCCGUGUUUCGUACAGGCCCUGUCCUACAGGAAGGUUGUGAGAAAGUUUCCAGCCUUUAUAGCAGUAUGGAUGACCUGAAGACAUUUGAUAGAGGUGUUGUUUGGAAUACUGACUUGGUGGAGACUUUGGAGCUACAGAACCUGAUGCUCUGUGCUUUGCAAACUAUUUAUGGUGCAGAAGCUCGGAAAGAGACACGUGGUGCUCAUGCUCGGGAAGAUUAUAAGGUUAGGAUAGAUGAAUAUGAUUAUUCUAAACCAAUCGAAGGACAACAGGAAAAGCCAUUUGAUCAACACUGGAGAAAGCAUACCCUCUCUUAUGUAGAUGUCAAGACAGGGAAGGUGUCUCUGGAAUAUAGACCUGUCAUUGACCAAACCCUGAAUGAAGAAGAUUGUGCAGCAGUUCCACCCGCUAUUCGCUCAUAUUAGUGAAUUUAUUGCUACUUUCCACAUGCAGUUUUUCCUCCGGCUAUUUGCUGUUAUUUGUGUCCCACCGGCUAUUCACUUGUAUUAGUGAAUUCAGUUCAACUUUCUAUGCUGUUCAGACGUUUCUUGGCAUAAGUGUCAAUAUACUUUACUAAACGGUUAUUGACAUGUGGUUGUGGAUGCUAUUAACAUGCUAUCAUAAAGACUUUUUCAUUGCAGCAAUCGGGAAGCUUUGUAUUUUGGCCAAUGGCUUCAUUUUGUAUUGGGCAUGACUAUAUAUGGCAUAUUCUUAAAAGUGUCUCACUUCCCUGAUAUCUAUACUCUGUUCACCAUUUCAGAGUGUAAACAUAGUCUGGUUAAAAAUGUUUUAAUUGUAUCGGAAGAAACAGUGGUCUCCAAAAUGCAUCCUGAUUUCAUGUUUGCUGGACACACAUGCCUAAUAUUGUAGAUCAGGCUUUCCCAACCUGGUGUGUUGUGUAAUUUUGGGCCAUGUUCUAGCAACCUGGUUCCUACAGUCUGUAAUUCCUAACCAAAAUGACUAGUAGUCAGGGCUAAUAGAAAAUGUGGUCUAAAACAUAUGGAGGACAUCAGAUUGCUUUAAAUUAUCCCUUUGUAUAAUGUAUAAAGAAUAUUGCAUAACAGGCAGGAAAAAAGAUCUUUUUGUGUCACAAGUGAAACACUAUGAUAAUUUCUCCCUUAACAGUUCAAUACGAGGUUUUUUUAUGUGGAGUGAUGCUAUUGAGAUUAGGAUUUUGGCAUAUGAAAAAUAAAAUUUCAGCAAGAUUAAAUUCCUGAAGAAGAAUACAGUCAAGCUCUCCACGUUCACUAGUUUGACAUCUGCAGAUUUGAUUAUUCACUAGUUUAGUAUCACCCUGUAGCAGCUGCUUUCCAGAACGUCCCUUUGCUGCCCUUUUUAGUGUCCCAGAUAUAUUUCUUUUUACUCCACUUUGCUGGGAGGCGGGGACUGACUGUUGGAUUAGUUUCAGUAUAAACACAUUAAUUUAUCUUUAUUGCAAACAUGAUUCCUGCCUCUGAGAAUGCAAAAACUAAGAAUGCAUUAGAAAUGGCAUAACAUAGAUGUGCGGUAUACAUAAAAGGUGGAUUAUGUAAGCCAGAAUGGACCUAUCAAAGUCCAUGAGAUUCAGUCGCAUUGAUUUCAGUGGGUUUACUAUGUAAUUAUAUAUCUAGUCUGAGUAGCCUACAGAUGCAUUGGCAUGCAGAUAGGAGUUCUACAUACCAAAGAAAAGAUUUUGUUAAACAAAAUCACAAUUCAUUUUAACUCUAGAGACCAUGCUAUGUAUGAUAAUAAAAAACAAUCUCCCCCCCCCCCACCCCCCGUGUAUAUGCUUAAAUAUUCAAACUAUUUUUAUUCUAUGAAUAUUUCUCUAGUUCAAGAGAUUUGACUUCCAGCAAAUGUGCUACCAUUUUUGUAUUUGGAGGAAAGAUAUUUUGUUUGUAUUUUUACCAGAGGAUGAGAAUUGUGUGAACUUAGAAGUUGCUCAACUACAAUUAUUUUAGGCAUAUGUUUAUUUAUUUAAUUUAUAUUUAUCUGCCAUCUUUCUCCCAGAGUGGUAACAAAGACAGCUUCCAAGACAAUAAAUUUUUAAAAGACCUGCAGUACAAUUAUAAAAUAGUUAAAAUCAUUUCAUAAUACAUUUUUUAAAUUAACUAAAAGCAUACAGACGUUUAAAAGAUAAGUAAACAUGUCCAAUAAAAAGCCCCACUGUUUAUAAAUUCAAUAACUGCUUACAUCAAAGUAUUCUUGCCUGCUGGUGAAAGAAAUCAUGGAGUGGGGGCAACCUAGCCUACUGUGGAAAGGCAUUUGAGACAGUCUGUGUACAAGUUAUAUAGUGCUUUACCGGUCAUGAUCAGCAUUUUCAAUUUUAUCAAUAACUAGUAAAAUUGUUUUAACAAGAAGGCAUGUGUCACCAUGGCCAAAUCUAACAUUUCAAGGAAUGGGUGCAGCUAGUGCACUACUUUUAAUUGUGAACAUGCAGUUCUCGCCACUGCUGAAAUCUGGGCAUUCAGGCAUAGAGCUGAGUCCAGGAGAAUACCCAACCUGCAAGGUUGGCUGAGAUUUCGCUGGGAAUGUAAUGCCAUUUAGAAGAAGCUGAUCUGCCUUUUGAGUGACCAGGAGCACCUCUGCCUUGUCUGGAUAAAAUUUUAUUUAGUUUGUUCUCAUGUAGUCCAUUGCUGACAACAGACAUUGCUUCAAUACUGAGGCAUCCUCCUGUGAAUCAGACAGGAGGUCAUCAGAGUUGGGUGACAUUGCAAGCUAGAAUUCUGGAUUACCUCUUCCAGAUGUUAAAUAGCAUGGCAAACAAAACAGAAUCACAGGCAAUUGCCAAGGCAUCUAAAAGAAUUCCCCCAGUAUACCUGCAAGAAGAAACAAAACUACUUUAUAACAGCACCUCAAAGUCCAAUCUGAGAGAAGUGACCUAGAAUGAUAUCAUGAUUGAUGGUAUCAAAAGCCAUUGAGAGGACAAGCAGAAUCAACAAAGACACAAUCCCCUUGUUCUGUUAUCUGUGCAGAUCAUCCACCAAAAUGAUCCAAAUUAUCUUCAUCCCACAAUCAGAUCUGAAACCAGAUUGAAAUGGAUCUAGAUACCUUGUCUGAUUCAGAAACCCUGAGAAUUGGGAGGCCAUCACACACUCCAGAACCUUCCAAUAUUAGAAUAUUAGAGACUGCCUGAUAAUUAUUCAGAAAGGUGGAAUCCGGGAAGGGGGGGGGGUUAGUAAAGAUUUCACCACAGCUUCUUUUAGGCAGGAUGGGAACUAUCUUUACUGCAGUGAGGAUUCACCUCUCUGUUCUCACUUAGCCAGUCUCCCUCUAACUGCUUCCAGAAGACAAGUUGCAAAUAUCCAGUAUGUAUGUGGUUGCUUGCAUUCUCCAAGGAUCCUGGCUACAUCAUUUGGCUUCACAAAUUAAACCAUAUCCAAUGAAACAGGACAAGCUAUUCCAAGCACAGAAUCCUAGAGCAGAGUAAUUUUGUCUGCAGUGUCUUGCCAAUUUGUCCUAACAGGCUUUUGAGGCACAAGAAAUACGUUACAGUGAGCUUUUGAAUUCCCAGCAGUGCUAACCAACAUAGUGGUGAGUAAUGCUGGAGUUGCAAUUCGAUAGUCAUCUAGGGGGUCAUGCAGUUGCUACCCGUGGUUUAUUCUGAUCUAUAAAUGAGUUUACUCUGGUGUUUCACCCCUUGCAAAUAUAUUCUUUAUGACAUGAGGGUUCUGUUAAGUUGCCCUUGUUUAAUUUCCACUUGAUAAAUCUGAGGUAAAAGGAGAGAUGCUAUGCCACUCACUGUGUUUAUGUGUUCUCUGGGAUUGGUGACACUAAUAUAAUUGCAUACAGCUCCUGAUAAUUUGUGCCAGAGUAGGAAAAUGUCACCUUUCAGAUACUAUUGGAUUUCAAGUCAAUGGAGCCCUAUCCUGUAUAGCAGUGGUGGGAAAUGAUGGGAGUCCUCUAUGUACAACAUCCAAAAAAGCUAUGCUUAUCUAUUGUACAUGGAAAAUUUAAAGUCACUUUUCCAUCAGGAGUUUAUUGCUGCUUACUGUUGAUUGCUGUAUGCAAAUUCUGCCUUUGGUUGGAAUUCAUAUUAAUGAAGCAUUGUCCAUAUUUAAAUAUGUAUCUUUUAGGCAGCUGAAGGUAUGUAUGAAGUAUUAACUUUGUAAAAAAAUAAAAAAUAAAGACUGCAAAUAAAAAUUAAAUGAACCA